UUUGUUUUAUGGAUUGCGCCAGAUGGCUCCAACUUUCUCCUUCUCUGCAACUUUCUUCCUUUCCUCUGCAAUGCAUUUCUAGGGUUUAACCUUUUCUCAAAUCUUUCUCUCCUAAAAUUCUUUUACUGGAUAUUUCUUCCAAAAAACCUUUCAAAUUGAUAAAUCUUCUACUUUCUGGAUGAUUUUCCCCAACAUCGUUGUUUUUUUUAUCUUCUUUCCAAAUUUAGGGUUUUCACAUUGUUUCCUUGUUCAAUUCGCAUUAUUCCCUCAUUAGCAUUUUCUUGAAGAUAUAUCAGUUUUGGCAAUUGCAGUCCUCUUUGAUGAAUUGUUAGGGUUUAAAAGAUCAAAACUUUGUUAUUUGCUGGGUCAUUUGUUAUUAGUUUUUAAACUUCUUUGUCCAAUUCAGUUUUCAAGAGAUUUUAGGGUUUUUAUUAUUGAUUUAGUUGCUGGUUGUUUGGUUGGGGCAUUGUUAAGGGGGAUGAAUAGUGUAUUCAGUGAACAGAUACUUGCAGACAAGCUCUCUAAGCUCAACAGCACUCAACAAUGUAUUGAAACUUUGUCACAUUGGUGUAUAUUUCAUCGAAGCAAAGCAGAACAAGUUGUUGCAACAUGGGAUAAACAAUUCCAAAGUUCAGAGAUGGUUCAGAAAGUUCCUCUGUUGUAUCUUGCAAAUGAUAUCUUGCAGAACAGUAAACGUAAAGGAAAUGAAUUUGUCUCAGAGUUUUGGAAGGUUCUUCCUAUGGCACUCAAAGAUGUUGUUGAGAAAGGUGAUGAUCGUGGCAAGAAUGUGGUUUCUCGAUUGGUAAAUAUAUGGGAAGAAAGAAGAGUAUUUGGAUCCCGUGCCCAGAGUCUCACAGAAGUAAUGCUUGGUGAAAAUGCACCUCCACCAUUGGAGUUGAGCAAAAAACGUUCACGCUCUGUUAAAAUUAUGAAACGGGAUUCUCGCUCCAUUAAGACGAAAUUGACCAUUGGUGGUGCUGCGGAAAAAAUUGUAUCAGCAUUUCACUUGGUGGUCAGUGAACAUUCCACUGAGGAGGCAGAGAUGAGUAAUUGUAAGUCUGCAGUCAAUCGUGUGAGGAAGAUGGAGAAAGGUGUUGAUAUUGCCUGUAGUAAUGGAAAAGAUCCUAAAAGAAAAACUUUGGCAAAAGAGCUAGAGGAGGAAGAAAAUCUUUUGAAACAAUGUAUUGAGAAACUAAAAUCAGUUGAAGCAAAUAGAGUAGUGCUUGUGUCUCAGUUAAAAGAAGCUCUAUAUGAACAGGAAUCUGAACUGGAGAACAUUCGAACUCAGAUGCAGGUAGCACAAGCGCAGGCAGAGGAAGCCAGCGACAUGCGAAAGCGGCUCAAUGAUGAAGAUUAUGUUUCCAGCACAUCUACUUCCACAUCCUUACAAGUCGACCCAAAUACAAAAGCAGGACAAACAAAUAAGAGAACAGCUGCAGCCAUUGCUGCUGAAGUAGCUGAUAAACUUGCAGCUUCCAGCUCUUCUCAAAUGAUUAUGCACUCUGUUCUUUCUACAUUUGCAGCUGAAGAAGCAAAGAAUGCACGUUUGACGAAAGCCUCAACACCAUCAAAUUCAUACACAUCCAUGCCCGCGAAUUCAGUCACAGAUUCAUUGUCAAAGCCUGAAAAAUCUGUGCCCAUUUCAGAUCCCAGUGUGUUUAUGCCAGCAGUGUCGCUUUCUGCUCCGACUAACCAUUCCUAUCAAUCAGUUAUGUUACCUCCACCACCUACAAUGCAGAACCAGGCGACAAGCUCUCAACCUCAGUUUCACAUAAUACCAAACCCAUCCUCCCAACAAUAUUUGCAGCCGUCGGGGCCCCUUAUGACCCCAUAUGGUUAUGGCAACCCCAUGCCACCAGGGCCACCGCCACCCCCGCCCUAUAUGGUGAGUCCAAUGGUGCCUUUGACUCAACAACCAUCACAAAUAACUCAGCAGCAACCAAUGCCAUUGGCACAGCAACAACCAAUGCCCCUAACUCAACAAGCCCCGGGUCCUAGUUUUCGCCCUCUUCAGCCCCCUGGAAUGAUGUUUUACAGUCACCCUCCCCAUUCUUAGUGUAAAAGAGAUGUCCUUUUUAGGUGGGUAGAUAGCCUAGUCAUUACGACCAUGGUUUUAGUGCAAAAUCAGUUUUUCCAGUAUUUUGAAAUUUUGUUUGUGGAGUAGUUUGUGAUAUAUAGAAAUCUGAAAAUAACUAAAAGGAAUUUUUUCUUGUCAAAACUGUAAAUAUUCAAUUGCAGAGAAACAAUUAGGUGAUA